UACGGUUACAGGACAUAGUUAUUUGGGGAUAUGGAACUAAAAGCCAAUGUUCCCACAGAGUCCCAGGCUCCAGCGGUGGUGUCGGCAGCUGCACACAAUGAGGCUGCUCCAUCUCUGCUAGGCAAAUUUUCCAUAAAGUCAUUUUUUGGAUUUGCAGCAAAGCCUAAAGAGGAAAAUGCAGUCCUGAAAGCAUUCAGAUCCACCGGGAACAAACCAGAGGUGCAAUCAGACACCCUCGCCUUUUCCCAGGAGUCAAGCAACACCGAGUUUGAAGCACAGCGUGACACAUCAGAAGGAGGAGCUAAUUCUUGUGAAAGCUUAAAAGAAGUGGCAACCAUUAGAGAUGAACAAACGAAGCAGGUAGAGCAUUCAGAGUUGAUAGAGGUUCGGGAUACGGAUGAUUUACCCAGUGAAAAAGAAAUAGAUUCUCAAGUCUCCAUGAAACAAGUUAAACCUGCUACAAGUGAGAAGGUCAACAGAGUACCACAUCCUCCGAUGGAUAAUCUGGGUGGGACUGAAGUCCAGGUUUUACAAGAGCAAAAUGAUGAAAAGAAAGGAGUACACGCGCAGCGUCUGGAAGCCUCAGAUAUUCACAAGGAUGCAGAGACGGCUUCACGUAUCAUAUAUGACACCACGGACUCAGAUGUUUGCAUGAAGGAAAUCUACGACCAGGAUGGUAUGCUUGUGCGUGGAACUCUUGUACAUACAACCAGUGAUACGGAUUCUGACAGCGAGAGUCCUGAAAAAGUCACAGGAAAACAAACAACAAAGACCCCAGAGUCCCAGGAUUAUUCUGAAUCUCAUGUACCACUUAAUAGUGUCCCCAUCCAGGAGCCAGGAACCCAAGAGCCGGGUAAUGAGGACUUUGUAGAGAGAGACAAAGGACAAAUCAGUCUAGAUAAGGCAAAAUUCACUGGGACCAACAUAGAGGCAGAUAACAUGUCAACACUGGAUAAGGAUACAAACUGUCCUGAUGUCACAAGCAAUCUAGAACCUGGUAAAGACUCUCUACUUUCAGACACCCAGGGCGAAAAGCCUUUCCAACUGCCCGCUAUAUUUAGCGGCCUUCGCAUACAUAAGAAGGGAGCUCCUGUACAGGAGAAUGAAACGGUCACGGUAAAGGCAGGGGACACCGACCUGGCGAUGUUAAAGCUGUCCCAGCCAGUGCAGAAGGCAAAGUUGCCUGUGGGUUCGCCGGUCAGAAAGCAGGAGCCAAAGAAGACGGCAGAACCCAAAUCCAGCUCGAAGUUCAUGGAACAGCUCUCCCAGCUGCUGAAUUUUGAUCUCCCAAAGCAAGAUGAAAAGGAGGUAGACAUACCCUCAGAGCAAAGUCAAGAAGAGUGUGUGGAGCAGAGCACUGAGGUUAUUACAGACAAAUCCCCAGAGCCUGUACCCCAGGAAUCUGCCCUGGAUGCCUUUAGAUCUUUUUUCACCGGGCCUUCCAAAAAGGUUGCAAAGCAAGAGUCCCCUGACUUGGAGACUGUGAAGCGGAAACAAAAGAGCGAGAAGGAGUCUCUGAAGGCCAUAUUUGACAAAACCAGGCAUAAUGGUGGUGAUGACUCCUCUGAUAAGAAAAAUCCCGACCAUAGCCCAUCUGAUCCAGAAGACAGGACUCCAGGGAGACUUCAGGCUGUGUGGCCACCCCCAAAACCCAAGGAUGAGGAGGAGAAAGUUGGUUUGAAGUACACUGAAGCAGAAUAUCAGGCUGCUAUCUUACAUCUAAAGAGGGAACAUAAAGAGGAAGUGGAAAACCUGAAGUCUCAGUUUGAAGUGGAGAUCUUCAAUGUACGAGGGGAACAGGCAGUUCAGACAACAAGACUUGAGGAGGCAAUCCAGAACCUUCAAGAACAGCUGGAAAGCAAAAUCAGUCCACGAAAAGGGGAGGCCAGAGAUGUCUGUGUGUCUACAGAGGAUGAGAACCCACCACGGACCUUUCGCAGCGUGUACAUUCAAACUGACAGAGACACAUUCCUGAAGCCCAAUGAGGAGGACAGUAGGACUCAAAAGAGUAACCAGAUUAUACCCAAGAAGCUCAAUAUCACCUCACUGAACCAGAGCCUCGCUGGUCCAAAUGAGACUCAAGCCCUACCUCCUCCACCACCGCCUCUCCCAGGAGCUACUUCUAUUCCACCACCUCCACCACUACCAGGUCUGGGUCCCCCUGCACCUCCACCUUUACCUGGCUCUGUGCCUCCACCUCCUCCACCGCCACCUUUGCCUGGCUCUGUGCCUCCACCUCCACCACCGCCACCUUUGCCUGGCUCUGGUCCUCCACCCCCUCCUCCUCCUCCUGGCUCUGGUCCCCCACCACCUCCACCUCCUGGAUUCAUAUUUGGUGGCAACUUAACCUCAAGCAAAGCCCCUCGGAAACCCCCCAUAGAACCUGGCUGCCCAAUGAAGCCACUGUACUGGACGAGGAUACAGCUCAAGAGUAACGGUUCCAAUCCCACGUUAUGGGAAUCGCUGAGUGAGCCCAAUAUCGCUGACCCCAAAGAGUUUGAAGAUCUUUUUUCCAAAGCGAGUCUUCAGCCGAAGAAAAAACCAUUGUCGGAGACCUAUGAGAAGAAAACUAAAGCCAAGAAGAUUAUAAAACUCCUUGAUGGGAAGCGGUCCCAGGCUGUGGGCAUCUUAAUUUCCAGUUUACACUUGGACAUGAAGGACAUUCAACAAGCUAUUCUGAACGUGGAUGAUUCCGUGGUCGAUCUAGAGACGUUAGAAGCCUUGUAUGAAAACAGAGCACAGAAGGAGGAACUAGAAACUAUCAAGAAACACUACAAGACCUCAAAAGCGGAGGAUGUCAAGCUGCUGGAUAAACCCGAACAGUUCCUUUAUGAACUGUCCCAGAUCCCAAACUUCUCCGAGCGUGCGAAGUGCAUCAUCUUUCAGUCGGUCUUCCUGGAAGGAAUAAGCUCUGUGCACAAGAAAGUGGACAUUAUCAUUCGAGCCUGUAAAGGGCUAUUAAAAAUGGAAAGUGUGAAAAACAUCAUGGGUUUAAUACUGGCCUUUGGAAACUAUAUGAACGGGGGCAACAGGACACGAGGGCAGGCAGAUGGAUUUGGACUGGAAAUCCUGCCCAAGUUGAAAGACGUGAAGAGCAGGGAUAAUCACCUCAGCCUUGUGGAUUACGUUGUCCGAUAUUACCUACGACACUUUGACCAGGAUGCUGGGACAGACAAGAGUGUUUUCCCCCUGCCAGAACAACAAGAUCUCUUCUUGGCCUCCCAGACAAAAUUUGAAGAUGUCGAGAAGGACUUGCGGAAACUUAAAAAAGAUCUUGAAGUGUGUGAGAAACAGGCCAAGGUCGUUGAAAGAGAUUCCCCCGAAGAACAUCUCCAACCUUUUAAAGAUAAAAUGACAGCGUUUAUUGAAAAAGCCAAAGACGAAGUUAAUAUAGAGGAAAACUAUCUGAAUAAAGCAAAGAGCAGCUUUGAUGAAGCAGUUGAAUAUUUUGGGUCUAAGCCAAAGGCCGGCGAGAAGGAAAUCAGCCCCAACUCCUUCUUCGUGAUGUGGUACGAAUUCUGCGGUGACUUCAAGGGCGUAUGGAAACGAGAGAGCAAAGCCCUCUCCGCAGAAAGGCUCCGUCUGGCUCAGGAGACUGUCAACAAACUGACGGCUGAGAAGAAGGUGGAGACCAAGAAGAUUAACCCUGCGGCUAGUCUGAAAGAAAGACUGCGGCAAAAGGAAGCGAGCGUCAGCGGCAACUGAAAAUCAUUGUGAAGAGUGAUUGACAGCUAUCAAGCCGUGCGGUGCAGCAAUCAGCCGACGUGAAAGCUGCAGGCACUGGGUACAUUUGCUGUAAGGUGGUACGGCUGUAUGAAGGGGUGCGACAGGGUUAUAAGCUCUUGCUUGUAGAGCGUAUAUUAGGAAACGAGAACUGUGUCUAAAUACAGAACAUGUUUCAUAUAUUUCUAUGAAAGUAGAUCACUGUCUAGAUAUACAUAUAUUGGCACUUUAAUACUGAAGGACUAUGUAACGAUAAAUGUAAUGAUGUUUGUAUGUGUGUGUAUA